GCCAGAGGCACGCCGAGGGCAGCAGAGGAGGAUGGAGGCCAACAUGAACCUCCUGCACGACGUGGGCAUCCGGACCACACACUGGCUGCAGCAGCACUUCCAGGGCUCCCAGGACUGGUUCCUCUUCAUCUCUUAUGCUGCUGAUCUCAGGAAUGCUUUUUUUGUCCUCUUCCCCAUCUGGUUCCACUUCAGCGAAGCAGUGGGCAUCAGGCUCAUCUGGGUGGCUGUAAUUGGAGACUGGCUCAACCUCGUCUUCAAGUGGAUCCUCUUUGGGGAGAGACCAUACUGGUGGGUCCUUGACACAGACUAUUAUGGCAACAACUCUGCACCAGAGAUCCAGCAGUUCCCGCUCACCUGCGAGACUGGCCCCGGGAGCCCAUCUGGCCAUGCCAUGGGUGCAGCAGGCGUGUACUAUGUCAUGGUGACAGCCCUCCUCUCUGCUGCUGGGGGAGAGAAGCAGUCAAGGACACUCAGAUACUGGGUGCUGUGGACAGUGCUUUGGAUUGGGUUCUGGGCAGUCCAGGUCUGCGUCUGCAUGUCCCGAGUCUUCAUUGCUGCUCACUUCCCCCACCAGGUGAUUGCAGGGGUUUUCUCAGGGAUGGCUGUGGCCAAGACCUUCCAGCACGUCCGCUGCAUCUACCAAGCCAGCUUCCAUCGGUACCUGGGCAUCACCUUCUUCCUCUUCAGCUUCACCCUGGGUUUCUACCUGCUGUUGUGGACAUUCGGCGUGGACCUGCUCUGGACGCUGGAGAAGGCACAGAAGUGGUGCAGCAACCCCGAGUGGGUCCACAUUGACACCACCCCCUUUGCCAGCCUCCUCCGUAACCUGGGCAUCCUCUUCGGGCUGGGGCUGGCCCUCAACUCCCACCUGUACCAGGAGAGCUCCCGGCUGAAGCAGGGCCAGCAGCUGCCCUUCCGCCUGGGCUGCGUCGCUGCCUCCCUCCUCAUCCUCCAUGUCUUCGAUGCCUUCAAGCCACCCUCGCACAUGCAGCUGCUCUUCUACGCCCUCUCCUUCUGCAAGAGCGCGGCCGUGCCGCUGGCGACUGUCGGCCUCAUCCCCUACUGCCUCUCCCAGCUCCUGGCCACGCAGGACAAAAAGGCUGCCUAAGGCCGCAGACACCCCAGGGUGCCCUCAGGGGCAGCUACCAGGCCCUGGGUGCACCUCAGCCACUGUUUGCUUCCCCCUGAGUCUGCACAGGCUGAUUCUGCACUGGGAGCAGACCAUGGAGGCUGGGCUAGUGGUGCUGCUGGGUGGCUCCCACAACAGGGACCCACAGUGCCAGUCACGCUGGGCUGGGCCUGGCUGAUGGCACAGAGAGCCCUGCAUGCUCACAAUUCCCCUGCUGUCCCUCCUGCACCCACAGGUGGGGGUCACCUGCCCAGGACCCAGCAGCAGCAGCAGCAGUGGGAGGUCCUGCACUCCCUUGCAGCCCGUGGGGACAGGCCACCUCCGUGCUGCAGGGCUGGGGACAGCACCAUUGGCAGCAGGGCCCUCACCUUGGCGUGUCUGGGCUCUGCUGAAGAGGCAGCUCUGCCAAAGGAAGGGCAGGCUGUGACAUGGAGAUCAAGUGCCUGUGUGAGGGACCCCCAGCCCUGGGACGUUUGGUGUUCACCUCAGUGUGGUCAGUGUGGGGUGCACACACCCCUGUGUGUACACGCAUUACAUGUGUCUGGGAGGGGCUGUGCACAGGUGUUUUAUUAAAGCUGAAGGUUGUUUAGUUUGUGA